UGGCCGUUUGAACUUAGAAAAUAAGUUGGAACUUCAAAAACCCUCGCACCAUCUCUUCAAUGCGAUUCAAAGCAAGCCUCAGAUUUUCACACUACGACUGAGAUUUGUACUCUCUUUCUCUCUACCCCAACAGCAAAGGUCUAAGCAUUUCAGAGACACCCAAAAGAUUUUACAGUGCAGAGAGAAACACAGAGAGAGGGAGAUGACAGGGCUUGUGAUGCUGACGAGGGGCGGCGGCUGCGGAGGCGGAGGUGGCGGAAAUGGGAAAGGAGCAAAAGGAGCUAACAAGAGCUCAGAAGAAGAGCAGAACCAGAUCUCUGUGGCUGCUCUUCUGUUAGCUGCUGUGAGGAAAUCCAUGGUGGCCUGCCGUGUCGAAAGAGGCGAAGAAGUCAUCUCCGCCGUCCACAACAUGGAGAUCGGGUGGCCCACGAACGUCCAGCACGUUACCCAUGUCACAUUCGAUCGGUUCAAUGGGUUUCUGGGCCUUCCGGUGGAGUUCGAGGUUGAGGUCCCAGGCAGAGUUCCCAGUGCUAGUGCAAGCGUGUUUGGGGUCUCGGCGGAGUCAAUGCAGUUGUCUUUUGAUUCAAAAGGGAAUAGUGUCCCUACUAUUCUCUUGCUGAUGCAGGAGAGAUUAUACUCACAGGAAGGAUUGAAGGCAGAAGGAAUAUUUCGUAUAAACCCUGAGAACAGCCACGAGGAGCUUGUGAGAAGCCAAUUGAACAGGGGCAUUGUGCCUGAUGACAUUGAAGUCCAUUGUUUGGCAGGCCUAAUCAAAGCCUGGUUUCGAGAACUUCCUUCGGGAAUACUGGAUGGACUGUCUCCUGAAGAAGUUCUUCAAUGCAACACGGAGGAGGAAUCCGUUGAGCUUGUGAAGCAAUUAAAGCCAACCGAGACCGCGUUGCUCAACUGGGCAGUCAAUCUGAUGGCUGAUGUUGUUGAGGAAGAAGAACUCAACAAAAUGAAUGCGCGAAAUAUCGCUAUGGUUUUCGCUCCAAACAUGACUCAGAUGUCUGAUCCUCUGACGGCUUUGAUGCACGCUGUUCAAGUAAUGAAUUUGCUAAAGACACUGAUUAUGAAGACGCUAAGAGAGCGUGAAGAGAAUGAUGAAACUGGAGGAUAUUCACCAAUGUCAUCUUGUUCAUCUGAUCAUCAAACCGAUGAAGACUCUGAUGAUAGUCAGCAGGAAAUGGAUAUUAGAUCUGAAUUAGAGGGACCAACAUCAGACUAUGAUGAAAACACGCACUCCAUCCACAGCAGCGAAGAUGAAGAUGAAGUUCGAUCAGUAAGUGAGAUAGAAGAGUGUUUAUUAAGGCACUUAGGAGAGAACAAAACUGCCGGAAACAGCUUGGUGGUGGCAGAUCAACCAACAGGCGAAUUGUGCGGGGAACAUCUGAGCCCUCAAAGUUGCAUGAGCUUCAACAUGGACUCUGGCACAUCGUUUUGUGACAGCAAAAAUGGGAACUCCGCCCUCAGUACUACGAGUGACGGGGAAGCCUCAUCAGGGAAAUGUAUGGCAGCUGAGGAAACUAAUGUUCAAAUGGAGAGCCCUUCGUCAGCAUCGAGUUCAAACAGGAAUAAAAUAGAGACAGUGGACAGAUAAGCGGAGUCUAAUUCACCAGCGCUUCAUUUUCGCAUACUCUCUAGAGAUUUAGUUUGCUCUCCACAGUCAAGUUUCUUGUAUAUUAUAUAAUGGUUUGUGAGAAGAUUUAGUUGAACCAAGCUUGGGAAAGCUUGCUUGUGGUUUGAAUUCUGACUUGAUUAGCAAGUUAGGGUACAGCUUUGGGCUGAACUUAUGCUGGAUUUGUAGUAGAAUUAGGACCAUUACGGUUAGGAACUCUAACCUCUCUCUUUCAUGUUCUGGAUAGCUUGUGUGGAAGUCUGUUGUUGAAAUCAUGGGGAGAUUGAAUCAUUAUUUCUGAAAUUCUGCUU